ACUCCAUUUUGGGUCUCAGGUUGUUAUAGCUAGCUGUAGCUGGAUUGCUUUGUAAACACGUCUUUACUUUGUUUGUGUACAUUUUUCUCGCUUUGAUAUUAAAGCUGAGUAAACGGAGAGUUGUCCCCGCGUUCUGGUCUGAAUUCGAGUCUCUCUUCGUCUGAGAAAUGGACGGAGAAGUGGACGACUUCAUGUCCGGGGGCCGUUCCGAUGACGGAGGCGGCACUCCGGUUCAGGAUGAACACCCGGCGUCAGAUGGCGAGGAGAUGAGGAGUGACAGGCACCAGUCUGAGGACGAGGGCAGCAACGAUGAUGAUGCACCCCACGCCAUGGAGACCAGCGGGGCGGCCAGUGGCUCUGACAAUGAGGACCGCAGAGGGGCUGACAGUGACUCGGAGGACGAGGCCCCCAGGGGCCAUGAUGACAACGACAAGAGUGACUCGGAGGCGGAGGCUACUCGUCCUGCAGACAGCGACGACGACUCUCCAGUCAAACGCAGGAUGAGCGGAUCGGACAACGAGGAGGAGUCGCCGGUCAAGCACAGAGCUUCAGAUAACGAGGAAGGGGAGGGGUCAUCUCCCGCCAAACGCAGGGGGAGCAGCUCAGACAUGGAGGAGGGUGAGGACCGGCCCAAAGCAGCCGCAGACAGCGACUCAGAGAACGAGGACAUCAAACCUGCGGCGUCCAACCGGUCCAACGCUGACAGUGACUCUGACACAGAGAUGCCUGCCAGACGCAAGGCGGCACAGAUAGACUCUGAGGAGGAGGAGAAACAGGAAGAGACAGAGGGAGGAGGAGGAGGAGGAGGAGGAAGAGGAGGGAAGUGGAAAGCUGUGAUGCAGUCUGACAGUGAGGAAGAGGAGGAGGGAGGAAGGAGGAAGGCAGCAGCAGGAAGUGAUGAAGAGCAGCAGGAGGAUGAGAGGGAGCAGAGAGACGACAGCGACGACGAGAAGCCAGUGAAGAGGAAGAAGGCCAUUCUGUCAGACAGUGAGGAUGAAGAUGAGGAGAAGGCAAAUAAACCAGCAGUGAAGCGGAGUCGGGCGGUGUCGGAUGAUGAGAACUCAGACAGCGAUGAGGGGUCAGAGGGCCCUGAUAAGAGUCUGGCAGCCAAACUCAGAGAGCUCGGCUCUGACAGCGCGAGCGACGACGAGACGUCGAAGCCCGCGGCAGGGAAGAAAGAUGAGAAGGCGCUGUUCGGCAGCGACAGCGACUCUGGAGACGACGAUGAGGAGGAGAAAAUGAUUGCAGACAUCUUUGGAGAGUCCGGAGAUGAGGAGGGGGAGGAGUUCACGGGUUUCAACCAGGAGGACCUGGAGGAGGAGAAGAAGGAGUCGAAGGAGAAGAAGCAGCAGGUGGAGGAAGAGUCAGACUCCGAUGAAGGAGUCGACCGCAGCGGCCAAGACACCAGCUUCAUGUCUGACUUCGACAUCAUGCUUGCUCGGAGGAAGGCCAUGAACAGCAGGAAGAGAAGACACCGCGACGGAGGGACGUUCAUUAGCGAUGCCGACGACGUGGUCAGCGCCAUGAUCACCAAGAUGAACGAGGCCGCGGAGGAGGAUCGAACUCUGAACAGUCAGAAGAAACCAGCACUGAAAAAACUCACUCUGCUGCCUCAGGUCGUCAUGCACCUGAAGAAACAGGACUUGAAGGAGACUUUUAUCGACAGUGGGGUGAUGUCGGCCAUUAAAGAAUGGAUCAGUCCUCUUCCAGAUAAAUCGCUGCCUGCUCUCAGGAUCAGAGAGGAGCUGCUCAGGAUCCUGCAGGAGCUGCCCAGUGUGAGUCAGGAGACUCUGAAGCACAGUGGAAUCGGCCGGGCCGUCAUGUUUCUCUACAAACAUCCCAAAGAGUCUCGAUCCAACAAAGACCUGGCUCUCAAACUCAUCAAUGAGUGGUCACGGCCGAUCUUUGGUUUAACGUCCAACUACAAGGGAAUGACGAGAGAGGAGCGACAGCAGAGAGAUCUGGACCAGCAGAUGCCUCAGAGACGAAGACUAAGUCAGCCUCAGAAGGUGGAGAGGGCGGUGGAACCCGACGUCUUCUCUCCACCAAUCAGCUCAGGGGGUCAGACGCCUCGGAGGGACCUGGAGAAGCAGCUCACCGGAGAGGAAAAAGCUCUGCGACCCGGUGACCCCGGGUUCUGUGCCAGGGCUCGGGUCCCGAUGCCCUCCAACAAAGACUAUGUUGUACGGCCGAAGUGGAACGUAGAGAUGGACUCCAACAGGGGUCCGAUGAAGAAGGGUUUGUCCCGUGUUGAUAAACAGAUGCGUAGAUUUGCUGACAUCCGCCGCCUGACGAAGACGGGUCAUGCAGUUAAAAUCAGUGUUGAAGGCAACCGGAUGCCGCUCUGAUUUUAACUUCGAUAGGAUUUAUUCACUUUUUUUUUUUUUUUUUUUUUAUGUUUUGUUCUUCCCACGAUUAUUCUCCCCCUUCCCUCACUCCUCAGGUCCAGCUCUGCCUUAUUAAAGGGCUGAGGUCAAAGUGUGAACAUCUGCUGAAAUCACAGAGACUCAGGUGUGCCUGGACUAAAAAUAUUCAAAAUAAUCCAGAAUUAUCCUUCGAAUGCAGCAUAACUACUCUCAAUGCUAGCAGUCAGCUAUGCUACUUUUAUCUCCCAAAGUCAGCUAAAUCAGCUUAUGUUAGCAAUUAGCUACAUUAGCUGUAGCUCCAGGCCAACUGUAUCCACCAUGUUAGCAUUACAUCAGCUGUACCUCAAAGUUAAAUAAUGUUAGCAGUCAGCUUAAUCUCCAGUCCAUAAUGCUAUCUAGCAGAUGUUGACAAUCAGGUGUCUCUGAGGUAAAACUAUAGAAACUAAAUCCACCAUAUCAACUAAUGUUAGCAAUUAGCUAUGUUCCUUUUAUUUCUAAACCAAGGUUUCUAAUGUUAAUUUAUGUUAGCAGUCAGCUACAUUAGCUAAAUCUCAAACCUAGCAUAAUCUACAACAUUAGUUUGUGUUAUCAGUACAGUAACAUCAGCCAGCUACCAUAGUUAAUAUUAGCAGACAGCUACAUUACUUUUAGUUUUGAAACAACUGUAAAAUGUCAGGUGAAUUAAUGUUAGCACUGUGUUAGCUUCCCCAACAAGCCUGCUAAUUUAUCCAACAUUAGCAGUUAGCUAGCUUCAUCUCAAAACUAGCCAAGACCAAUGUGAACUAUGUCGUUGCUCCAAUUACAUCAAAUUAAAUUACAAAUCUUACUGGCUGGAACUAAAUCUUUAAAAACCAAAUGACAGAGAAAAAUCACUUCAUAUAAUCCUCCCAAAAUCAGUCUGUAACCAUGACAUGUAUUCAAACUUAGCACAGCCGCUGUAGUAGGCAGGCAAAGGCUACAUAAAACUGCCAUAAAGAGCCUCAGUGGAAAUGAAAUGAAAGGGAGGUAAUUCUGAUAGUAAGUUGGCCUCAAUCCAAGGAUAAUUUUGGUGAGAUUUCAAGUUUUUUGUCCAAACCCUCAAGGUCUCUGUUACCAGAUUCAAGAACAAAAUUUUCCCUCUCGCCCUCUUUGUCUCUGAAUGUGAAAGUGUUUGUAUUUUGCUAAUAGGCUGGCCAGACCUCCCCCUCAGUCCAUUUUGUCCCCUCUCUGCUCCCGUAGCAGCUGUACAGAAGUACGUAAACUGUCUACAGGACUGAGUUCACACAGGUAGCAGGGUGGCUCUGUUUGAUCUGGAUCAGAUCUCCUCCUGUGAGUCUAGACCUUUAAACAGACACCAGGACUCUGUAGUGAAGAUGUCUGAUCUGAUCCAGAGUCAGUUUGUUGACUGUGUGAAUUAGCCUGUCUGUCUGCACUGUUCUGGAUCGGAUGAUACUUUUCUUAAUAAAGACUCAGAUGAAACUCA